AUGCCGGACACCAAAACGACACGAGCUCGCUCACUGGGCGAGACGUGCCUUCAUGGGGUCUGGGUAUUUCAAACCAUUGCAGCUAUUCCAAUCUUUCUGAUUCUGGGUUUCUGCGCGCUGUCCAACAUGCUGUUGAGUAGCUACGGUGCUCUUUACUACUUCAUUACCGACUUCGUGUGCUCUAUCCUGACUGCCGGUAUCCUAUUCACCCUUUUCCUGCAAAAGGGGAUUAAGAAUCCUUCCUGGCUCAUGACACUGAGAUUGGAAAUAUUGAAGAGCGGUCUUGCAACUGCUCUCUGGGUCUGGAUGCUGAUGGACGCAAUCUUCGCUUCCGGCUAUGACUACAACAAUGGGCGGCCAAGAAGGAUCAAAGUGGCCAUCAUCUCAUUCACACUACUUCUGUAA